AUGGCGAAACCCGUGUACAUAAUUGGGGUUGACGUCGGCACAGGCAGUGCCCGAGCGGCUUUGGUGAACAGCCAGGGUGAAGUGUUGCAAACAUUCGUAAAACCCAUCCGUACGUGGAACACUCAGCCCAAUUUCUACGAGCAAUCAUCGGAGGAUAUUUGGUCGGCAGUAUGCGAGUGUGUCAAGAAUGUUUCCUCCAACUACUCCAAAGAAGAAAUUAAGGGAAUCGGUUUCGAUGCUACCUGCUCGCUGGUGGUGUUGGAUACCAACAUGCAACCCUUGACAGUAUGCCCUUCGUCGUUGGAUAACCAACGUAACAUUAUCCUCUGGAUGGAUCAUCGAGCGGAAGAAGAAGCACGCUUUAUCAAUGACACACACCAUAAAAUGCUUGACUACGUCGGUGGAAGCAUUUCUCUGGAGAUGGAAGUGCCAAAGCUUUUGUGGUUAAAGCGCCACAUGCAUGAUCACGUGUGGACCAAGGUUGGGGCAUUUUUCGAUCUGCCCGAUUACCUGACAUUCCGAGCCACAGGAAUCGAGAGUCGAUCGAUUUGCUCUGCGGUGUGUAAAUGGAAUUACGACGCAGAAAACCGUCGCUGGUCAGCGGAUUUCCUUCAAUCGAUUGGCUUGGCCGACGAACUUAUGAUAGAUAAUUGGCGACUUAUUGGGUCACGUGUGUUAAACCCGGGGACGCCCAUAGAUGGUGGGCUCUCGAUAAAAGCUGCCAGUGAAUUGGGAUUGCAACCAGGAACAGCCGUUGCAUGUUCCAUGAUCGACGCUCAUGCAGGAGCACUCGCACUUCUCGGCUGCCAAAGUCCAAACGGCACGGGAGAUAGUAAUAAGCUGACGGCCAAGAUGGCCAUAAUAUGUGGAACGUCAUCAUGCCAUAUGAGCCUUACCGAGCGUCCUGUCUUGGCUCCCGGAAUUUGGGGCCCUUACAAACAUGCAAUAACUCCGCAUCUUUACCUCAACGAAGCAGGUCAGAGUGCUACUGGAGUGUUGAUCGAUCACGUACUUCAAACUCAUCCGUGUUUCGGUGAGUUGCAGAAGAAAUACACUUCGAAUGGGAAAAUAUACGCUUUUCUUAACACAUUUCUGCAUGAGCUGGCGACGAAACGUGGCGAAAAGUCCGUUCACAAGUUAACGAUUGAUUUGCACGUUUGGCCAGACUUUCAUGGUAAUCGAUCCCCACUGGCCGAUCCCAAUUUAAAGGGUAUGAUUAGCGGCCUAACGAUGACAAAGGACAUCGAAAAUCUUGCACUACUGUAUCUGUCUCUCAUGCAAGCACUGGCUUACGGAACGCGCCACAUACUACAAGUUUUGCAGGCUUCGGGUCGUGAACCGAUUACUUCCAUUUUGCUUUGUGGAGGUUUGAGUAAAAACUCUCUCUUUGUACAAACUCACGCGGAUAUUUGUUCAGUUCCGGUACUGCUUCCCGGCGAACCAGAGGCUGUUCUGCUUGGUUCCGCUAUGAUGGGAGCUUAUGCUGCGGGGCUUUACGACACUCUGGAGUUGGCAGCAUCCUGCAUGGCAGGCAAAGCAAUUGUGGUACAGCCCGACCUCAGCGAGAGUAAUCGCGACUAUCACGACCGAAAGUAUCGCGUUUUCCAACGAAUGUACCUUGAUCAGCGUGGCUACGAACGUUUAAUGAAAGGAUAAAGACUAUUAAGGAUGAUGGAUGAAAAUUAUUAUUUGUGAGCAAUUGUGAAUAACACUUUAUUUUAUACGGCAAAUUUAAACAGAUCUUGGUUUCUGUGCGUCUAGAGAUCGCAUAUAAUAAAGCAGCAUGGUCAUAUGUUUUCAA